GUGAGAGAAUGAGAUAGAUAGACAGAGAGAGAUAGAGCGAGAGAGAGAAAGAGAAGGAAAGAGAAGGGUGGAAAGUGAGAGGUAGAGAGAGGGUAGGACGGAAGAGAACAGGGUUGUUCCAGUGUGCAGCGGGCGGGCAUCGCGGCGGGGGCGCCGUUCUGCUGCUCCUGUAUAACAAAUCCAGGAUUAUAUGCACCAUCCACUGCAUCCCAGCGAGCACGACGGCGACGGCGACGGCGACGGCGACGGCGACGGUGACGGCGACGACGACGACGAGGACGAGGACGAAAACGAAAACGAGAACAAGAACGAGAACGAGAACGAGAACGAAAACGAAGAAGAGGACGACGACGACGGCGACGUCGACCGAAACAACGACGACGACGACGACGACGGGGACAGAAACGGGUAUAGGGACAGGGAUAGGGAUAGGGAUAGGGAUAGGGACAGGGAUAGAGAUAGGGAUAGGGACAGGAACAGGAACAGGGACGACGGGGACGUCGACCGAAACGACGACGACAACGGCGACGACAACGACGACGACGACGACGGCGGCGGCGACGACGACGACGACGACGGCGGCGACGACGACGAUAACGACGACGCCGCCGGGAAAGAGCAGGAGGAGGAGGAGGAGGUAUUGCGAGGACAUCGGUAGCGAGAACUUGGUACCAGUGACGAAGACGUUCAUAGUGAAGGUGCUAACGAUAGUACUACGCGUCAUCGUGUCACGGUCGAUCUCAUUUCGAGAACUCCGGAAUUCGGUGGUUUCAUUUUAAAGAGAGAGAGACAGACAGAGAGAGAGAGAGAAAGAGAAGGAGAGAGAGAGGAACAUUAGAUCGUGUCAUAAUCGACAUGGGCAGAUCGGAAGGUUAAUAUUUCAGGCUAACUUUUUCAGGUGUAUACGUUACGUGACGAAAAGAGAGAUUGAGAAUAAGAGUUUAGGUAAGAAAAGAUAGAUAAAGGGAAUAGAGGAAGGAAGAAAGUGAGAAAAAAGGAGAGACAACGAGAUAGACACGGUAUAAGAGUGAGUGAGAAAGAAAAAUAUAUAUAUAGGGAAAGAGAGAGAGAUAUAUAGACAGAGGAGUUGGUAGAGCUGCUGGUGUAAGGGGGUGGGGGUGUAGGAGGAAGAAGAGGCGCGCGCUGCGAGCGCUAGGAGCGGCGCCGUCGAAGGAGGAACCGUGUCUCUCUUUUCCUCAUCCUCCAGGAGAAGACCAGAGAGAGAGAGAGAGAGAGAGAGAGAGAGGGGUGAUAGAAUAGAGGUAGACGAAGAAGAACAAGGAGAAGAAGAGGAAGAAGUAGUAAAAGAAGAAGAAGAAGAAGAGGUAGAAGCGGUGCCGCGGCACGCCGCGCCACGCCGCGUCGUCGUCUCUAACGUCAACGAUAAAUAAGAUAGAUCAAGAGAAAAGUCAAGUCAGAUAACAGAAAAAUGUUGGCGAGUGUAGGUGAACGGAGAGGGCCGGUGAUCGGUCUAGCUCUAAUAUUGCCUUUGAUUUUCUUCUUGUUACUUGUCAUGGCAUCUAGUCCAUCGAUGGCUCAUAGGCCAGCUCCGAACAAUCCAAUUUUGCUGCAGCCUUCUGUACCGAGCACCAGCACCAGCACGGUUACGCCCUACUGGAUGCAAUCUUCUUCUAAUAAUAAUAAUAAUAAUAAUCAUCAUAACAACAACAACAACAAUAACAACAACAACAACAACAACUACAAUAAUAACAAUAACGCCAGUUUUGAGAACAAUGAUGAGAUGAACGGAAUUGGCGGAUAUAACGUCACCAUUCAUCAUCAUCAUCAUUCGAAAGUAGGCGCUGAUAUGGCCGAGGAAAAGGCACCACUCUUCCCCAACGAUCUAUUUACCGUCCAACAACGACGACGUGGCGCCGUAAUACUUCACGUACUCGGUGUCGUCUAUAUGUUCGUCGCAUUAGCGAUCGUAUGCGACGAGUUCUUCGUACCCUCGUUGGAUGUUAUCAUAGAAAAACUUGAGAUUGCCGAUGACGUUGCUGGUGCCACCUUCAUGGCUGCCGGUGGCUCCGCACCAGAACUUUUCACAUCGGUCAUCGGCGUCUUCGUUUCAUUCGACGACGUUGGUAUUGGCACCAUCGUUGGAUCAGCCGUAUUUAAUAUUCUAUUUGUCAUCGGCAUGUGCGCUAUAUUCUCCCGUACCGUAUUAUCCCUCACAUGGUGGCCACUAUUUCGUGAUUGCACCUUCUAUAGCGCAAGCCUACUCACCCUGAUCUACUUCUUUCGAGACAAUUAUAUAUACUGGUACGAGGCCCUCGUGCUAUUUGGAUUCUACUUGGCAUACGUCAGCUUCAUGAAGUGGAACCAACCGAUGGAGAAACUCGUCAAGAGGAUACUCUACAGGAACAGGGUGACUAGGGUGAGGUCUACGGAUCAGCUGAUGCCCUCGCACCAGAGCGCCGCCCAAGCAUUGCAGCAUCCGAAUGCAACCAACAGUAGCGAGACGAGCGUGGGUGGUGUAUCGGGUGCAUGCGGGAGCAGCGGUAUGCCAGGAACAGGGGAUGCUGGCUGCAGUAGCAGCAGGGGUGGAAGCAGCAGUGGUGCUGGUGGAGGAGCCGGUACAACCGGACAGGGCUGCGAACAGGUCCCUUCAUCUCAUUCGACCAGGGAGAGCCACGCCAAGUUCAGGCACGGCCUACUACAGCUUAUGAUCCAUACGAUCGAUCCGCUCCACGACGGUCAGUCCCGCGCCGGUAAGGUGGACGAAAAAGCUACGCAAUUGCACGCGAUAGCGUCUUUGAAGGUGUUACUGGAUGCAACGAGGCCUCACAACGGUGCUGCGACCUCGACAGCGGCCCAUUAUUCCGGUACAUCCUCCAAGGAGACUACCCUACAACUUCAACAGGGUUCUCAGGGUACCACAACGACCACCACCACGACAACUACCACUGCUGGCACCACAGUUGGCAUUCAGGAACUUCCAAAUGGCGGUAUAGCCGCUGGUCUCGACGCCGGCCUCGAAUCGGGCGAAGAGGAUGAGCCUCCAGAAGCCUUGGACAUGGGCUGGCCUAGUAGUCCUAAAAAGAGGCUAACUUAUAUAUUAGUAGCACCGAUUCUCUUUCCUCUAUGGUUAACUUUACCAGACACACGAACACCCAGAGGAAAAAAAUUCUUUGCGGUAACAUUCAUUGGGUCGAUCGUGUGGAUAGCUGGAUACUCGUACCUGAUGGUCUGGUGGGCGAACGUAGUUGGUGAUACCGUUCGUAUACCACCGGAAGUGAUGGGCCUGACGUUCCUGGCUGCCGGUACCAGUAUUCCCGAUCUCAUCACAAGUGUCAUUGUCGCACGAAAGGGAUUCGGUGAUAUGGCAGUAUCGAGUUCUGUUGGUAGCAACAUCUUCGACGUCACUGUUGGGCUUCCGGUACCGUGGCUCCUCUAUGGCUUGAUCUAUGGGAAGCCAGUGGAGGUGAACUCGGUGGGUAUGGUGUGCAGCAUAGCGAUUCUCUUCUGCAUGCUACUAUUCGUGAUUAUGAGCAUCGCCUGCUUCAAGUGGAAAAUGAACAAGGGUCUCGGCUUCACGAUGUUCCUCCUCUACUUCGUCUUCGUCGCUGUUUCGCUCAUGUUCGAGUACGAGAUACUAGUCUGUCCGGUCUAGGAAAGAAAAGGAGAGCUAAAUGCUCAUGAACAAUAUUGUCUCGUGUUCGUCAUUGCGAAAUGGCACCAAAAGUAUCAACAUAAUCGUCAUCAUGAUCACGAUCAUCAUCACUAUCAUCAUCAUCAUCGUCAUUAUCAUUAUUAUGGUUACCAUUAUCAUUAUUAUCAUCAGCAAAAACAGCAGCAACAACAGCAUCCUCGCAAACGAGUCGACGAUCUCUUUCUCGAGCUGAGGAUUUGUGCGUUCUAUCGAUCUCAUGAAAAAGGAGAAGUAGAAGGAGGAGAAGGAGAAGGAGAAGGAGGAGAAGGAGGAGAAGGAGGAGGAGGAAAAGGAGAAGGAGAAGAAGGAGGAGAAAGAGGAGGAGGAAAAGGAGGAAGGAGGAGCAAGCCAGCCUUUCCACGACAUCGUCACCAUCGACCACACCACCAAUACCACUACCAACACCACAAUCACUACCAGGAGCACCAGCACAGUCAAGCAUCACCACAGACAGUCAACACCCACCUAAGAAGAAAAGAAAAUAUUUCUUCUUUAUAGUCGAAGAUGUAUAUAUUGUAUAAACCUUGAAAUACCUGAAACGAAAUACUCAUCUGAUCUUAAGAAGAUUCACGAUGGCUCUCUAAUCAUGGAGCUAUCAUUCGUUCGUUCGUUCGUUCGUUUAGGCGUGGCGAGCGUGUCAGCCGAUCGUGCCAAGGAUUACAGAAAAUGAAAAGGAAAAAGAAAAAAAAAAUACAAAAAAAAACAAAGGAAUCGUGUUCCUCUUUUGCUUCAUACAUACAUAUGUUAUCUCGUAGAGAAAAAAAGUAAGAAAGAAAGAAAGAGAGAGAGAGAGAGAGAGAGAGAGAGAGAGAGAGAGAAAGAGAGGAAAAAUAUUUAUUUGUUAAAUUAUACAGAUGUAUAAAUAAUAUCAUAUUCGAUUAUUAAAUAGAACAAAUAAGAGAGAGAGAGAGAGAGAGAGAAAGAGAGGAGAGAGAGGGAAGCAGAGAAAGAGAAAAUUACCACAGCUAAUUCAAAAAAUUCCAAAUAAAUAAUUAAUGUAACUAUUAAGAUAUGGGUUAUCACUCGCGAGAUAACAAAUCCACAUCUAUCGAUGCCACUCGCCAAUUUUCGAACGGACGCGAAUCUCUUAAUGAAAGAAAGGUGAGCCUACCUUUCUAUUGUUAUUAUUAUUAUAAUUAUUACUAUUAUUAAUAUUAUCACUAUUAUUACAAUUAUUAUUAUUAUUAUUAUUAUUAUUAUUAUUAUUAUUAUUAUUGUUAUUAUUAUUAUUAUUAUUAUUAUUAUCAUUAUUAUUAUUGUUGUUGUUGUUGUUGUUGUUGUUAUUGUUGUUAUUAUUAUUAUUGUUGCUGUUAUUAUUAUUAUUAUUAUUAUUAUCAUUAUUAUAAUUAUGAUUAUUAUUAUAAUUAUCGUUGAUUUAACACUUUAACUUAAUAAUUUUCACUUUAACGUGCAGCUUCUUCUUUUCGGUGUUAAAUCCUUGAAUAAUACACAGAAUCGAUUUAUAUAUUCUAAAUCUAAACUAUACGUACGUAUGUAUAUAACUAUAAUAUCUUUUAUCUAUAGAGAAAAUAGAACUAUACUGGAAAAUUAUUCAUACGACCAGCUCUCUUUCUUUCUUUCUCUCUCUCUCUCUCUCUCUCUUUCUCUAUCUCUAUCUCUAUCUCUCUCUUUUUUCUUUUUUAUUCUUUUUCUCUUUCUUUUUCUCCCUCUCUAUCUCUGUCUUCAUCUCUAAUUUUCUGCUCUAAUGUCAGCUCUUCUUAACUUCCAAUUAAGAUUGAUAAUUCGGAACAAUUAUCAAACUGGAGGAUUCCUGUCACGUGUCUAAGAGGAAGAAAAGAAACUAUGUUAAAGUGAAAAAGAAAGAGAAUAAGUGAGAGACAAAAAGAAAUAGAGAGAGAGAGAGGGAGAGAGAGAGAGAGAGAGAGAGAGAGAGAGAAAAGGAAAGAAACAGGUAUUAUAUUGGAAGAGAGAAAAAAAAUAUAUAAUUGAAUUCUUCUAGAACGCUUAUUGGUCGACGAGUUUGACCGCUCGCUGUUUUCUCUCUAAACAAAACUUUUGCGCCUCUAGCGGCUAGAGUAGCAACUUUACACUCUCUUUCGUGCUCACGGAACCGUUUUUUAGCCAAAUGUUUCUUCGAUCGAUCAAGAAAAGCAAGACUCGUAUUUGUACUUUUCAAAUUGAAGAGAGAAAGAGAGAAAUAUAUAUAUAUAUAUAUACAUAUAUAUAUAUGUAUGUGUACAUAUAUAUAUAUAUAUAUAUAUAUAUAUAUAUAUAUACAUAUAUUGAUCGUCUUCGAACGACCUGUAGGGUCUACGAAGACUAUAAUAAAUAGUAGGGACUUUGAAUUUAAUCCUCUAUUCCCACUACUCUAGCCUAACUUCGACUUCUCAAAUCCAACUCCUAACUUCUAUGAUAAAGCAAAUCGAAAGAUUUUCGAUCUUCAUUAAUUUUUUCAGUUUUUUCUCUCUUUUUUCUUUCCUUACUUUAUUUCUUUUUCUUCUUCUUCUUCUUCUUCUUCUUUUGCGAAGGUUUUAGAGGGUUAAAGACUAGUCCGAAUGAUACGCACAUAUAUAUAUAAUACAUACAUAUACACAUAGACGAAUAUGUCGAUAUAAAAACGUCAAUAGAACGUUUUUUUCCUUCGAAAUGAAAUAAGAGAGGGUCGAUGAACGUUCUAAUAAAAUGGGAUCGAUCGUAGGCGAGAGAAAAGGGGAAACUACAGAACAGUCAAAAUUGAAUGAUAUGUAAGUAUUUGUGCGUAUGUAUUAACGUGGUUCGAAUAGAUAUUUCUUGUUAUAAAGAAAAAUUACGUGCUGUUUGUGAUAAGAAAAGUUACAUAUUUAUAUAUUGUUACCUAAUUGUUUAAUCGAUCUCUAUUUCCCACUUAUUGAUCGUAAUAUUUUAUAUUAAAUACAAAGUAUAUGUGUGUUAUCCAAUUUUCGAGCCACGGUAGAACAUACACGACUAUCAUUCGUCAUAUAGAAAUCGUAUUGACGUUUUGAUCGUUGAUUCGGUCGAUGCGAAUGAGAGAAAUGGAUAAAGACAUUAAUGAUAGAGUAAGAAAUGAUUAAGGAAAGUUCCAAAAACGGUUCCGUUUUUUAUUAAAUCCGAUUAAUACUACCGAUGAACAAUUCUUAAGAAAUUAUGUACUUACGAACUAACCGAUUGGUCUGCCGUCUAUCCGUUCAAGAUGGCGCCGAACUAUUAUUAUUAUUAUUAUUGGCAUCCUCGACUUUUAGCGAUCGAAACGUUGUACGAGAAUUGUAAAAAAAGAAAAAAGAAAAAAAAGAAAAAAAGAAAUAAGAAAAAAAAAAUAAGAUCCCAUAGAUUUUCAACACAUUCGUACGUCGCUUGUUAUGCAUUCUCACAGUGUCAAUGAACGAAUUAAAUAACUUGAAUUAAUUGAUCGAUUUUGAUUCUCGUACGACGAUUUUCUUAUCGCACAUUUCAAGAUGGCCGAGUAUCGAUCGGAUUCGAACGCUAAGAGAAAGGAGAUCGCGGGAGGUUUGAUUCGAGAUCUUCUUCUUCGAGUUUAGAACGAAAACGAAUUUUUUCUACGAAGUUAAUAAAAUAUAAAACUUACAAAAAAAAAAAAUAAAUAAAAAAGAAACGAACAAAUAAAUAAAACGAAACGAAAUAAAACAAAUCGGGGACCCACGCGAAAAGAAAUAUGUACAACGCGUAAGGUUACUCACAGUAGACACAAGAUACAUAACAUACAAGGUAUAAUCUCAACGAAUCCGAUAAAUACACGUUCAAAGGGCUAAUAUCUUUCGAUGAAUUCUUUCAUAUUUUACGAUGUCGCACUGUGACAUCUGUGAAAUGAGAGAAAAGAAAGAAAAGAAAAGCGAUAUACCGUUUAGAGACAUAGAAAAAGUACUAUUAUUAUUAUUAUUAUAAUAUCGUUGUUACGUGUACACAAAGAGAGAGAGAGACGGAGAGAAAGGUAGAACGAAAAAGACAAAGAGGGAGAGAGAGAGAGAGAGAGAGAGAGAGACAAAAAAAAGAAAAAAAACAGAAAUUCAUAUUGUAUAAAAUGUUUGAAAAAAAGUGGAUUUUAACAUCAUAGAAUUACUAUAGUUAAUAAGGUGAUCUCGACUACAUUAAUAUUAUUAAAUAUUAAGUGAAAAACAUACGUUAUUAAUAAUGCGUACCGAUAACAGCAGGAAAAGAUAAGACAGACGAUUACACAUAUAUUAUUACAUACUCGUAUAUACAUAACCAUAUACCUAUAUACAUAUACCUACAUAUAUACACCCAUAUACACACGUUUAACACGCACAGAGUUACAGAAUAAAGAAAACGAAAAAAUAUGUAUCCGAUAGUCUCAGCGCCUAAAAGCGGCCUAGCUUUUUAUUAAAUACAGCAGAGAUCCAUGGAUGAUGAUAAUUCUAAUUAACCGCGAAAAGAAAUCGUUAUUAAUUAAUCGACGUUUAAAACGACAUUAGAGAGCGACACUAGGCUAGCGAGAUGUACGUAAGUAGGCCAUUUUUUCGAAGCCGAGACGACGAUGUCCGCGCGAUUAUCGGAGAAAAAAAAAGAAUUUUGGGAGUGGGGUUGACGGAUUGAUUUGAAAAAGAAUAAAAAAGAGAUAUAAUAAAAAUGAUUCGUUUAAAAAAAAGAGGAAAUACUCGUGUAUUACCUACGUAAAACACAACGUACGUUUUCUCGUAUAUUUCACUUUUUUGUGUACUCAUACACACAUAUAUACACACACAUAUAUAUGUACUUACAACCCCCCUCUCCCAUCGAUUUGGAACAAGGAAAUUAGUCGACAAAUUGGAAGUUAAUUACUUCGAUUAAAAUCAUCUCUUCGACAUAUUUUUUGUUUUAUAUAUAUAUAUAUAUAUAUAUAUAUAUAUAUAUAUUAUAUAUAUAUAAUAUUAUUUAAUUGUAUUUCACACGAGAAUCCUUUCUCUUUUUUAUUUUGAUCCUAUUGUGUUUUUAACUGGCCUUAUAUAAGAAAAAAUAAAAAAACAGAGAAAGAGGGAGAGAGAGAGAGAAAGAAAAAGAAAGAAAGAGGAGAAGAAAGAGAAAGAGAGAGAGAAAAAGGAAUACUCUCGUGUAUCCGUAUGUUCUCUCAUUAGAUCAUUUAUCUUCUUAUUUUUUUUCGGAUUAUUAACACGAAAAAAGAAGUUGAAAUUAUUUACAUUGAGAAAUAAGAUGAAUAGACAGGGAAGAAGAAGAAAGAGGUUUGACAAAUAUAGUUACAGCCUAUUUCUUACUUUCAUAUCAACGACGAGAACGACGAUUUGUUAACGAACAAUUUCCAAGAUUAGAGAUUGACAAGUUCGUUGAAAAUCGGAGAGAGAAACGUAGAGAAACGAAUGCGUGUGCGUACGUGUGUGUUUAUGUGUGUGAGAUAAAAAGAAAGAAAGAGAGAGAGAAAGGAAAAAAAGGGAAUGAAUGAUUGAUCUAAUUAAUUACGCUUUUACGAUAACAAUUUUUCCGGCCGGCCUUGUUUUUUAAAAGACAUUAACAAAAAAGAUAAAAAAGAAAAAAAGAAACAAAAAAAAAGGAAAAAAGAUAAUAGUGUCUAGUUACCUAACGCCGUGUUUAGAAAAAACGUUCUAUAAAUAUACGAAAAUAUUUACAUAGAGUUAAACAAAGCGAAGUGAAAAGAGGAGAAAACGGGAAUAGAGAAAGAGAGAUAGAGAAUAGGUAUAUGAAAAAUUUUAAAUACGUUGCCAUUUAAUAGAACGUACGUUAUUAUCUUGAUAACGCCUAAAAAUUAAGAAAAGAAAAAUAAAAAAAAAUAAAAAAUAAAGAUAAAGAAAGAAAUAAAUUGAGAAGAAAAAAAAGGAAGGUAAAUGAUUAAAGAAAUAAAAUUAAGUAGCGAAGGAUACGCAAUAUGAUCUUCCCGAAGUAUCGAUCAGAUUAUACAAUCUAAUCUAACGUCGUUGAUAAUAAUAAUAAUUUAAUUUUUUUCUUUUUUUUUCAAUAUAUUCUUCUCGUAUUUGCAAGUAGGAAGAAAAGAGAUGGAAGAGUUCGUCUCUUUCUCUCUCCCUCUCUCUUUCUCUUUCUUUCUCUCUGUCUCUUUUUCAUUAUUAUCUUGAUAAUUCCCAUUGGUAAAAUAAAGAUAGAAGAUCUUGAAAAACGUUCACAGAUAUUAUGCUCUCAUUAAGGAAAAACGUUGCGAAUAAAGAUGGAGAAACGCGAAUAGAUUAGCGUGUUACUCGUUGCUAAAAAACAAGAGAAGGAGAGAUUAGCGUGAAAUCGCGUGAUAAGUCGAAGGUCGACCGGUGAUGAAACGUUUGAAACGCGGCUGACUAUUAUCGCAACUCGCAUGAUUUCUACUUUAUAAUACCUUAUUAGGGCAAACUGCAUACAUACGUAGAUAUUUACAUAUGUAUGUAGGUAUGUACUUAUGUACAUACAUUGGUUGAA